AAGGCAUUUGCACAGAAAGCAGCUCUGACUUGGAAAGGAUCGGCUUUUUUAGUCUGAGCUUUAAUUCACCACAACCAGGAGGAAACUGUCUGUCAAUCAGCCUCAGAAGCAAAACAAGAUGAACUCCUCAGAUAAUUACACAGACGACUAUUAUUACGACCAUUCUGGUUAUGGACCGUGUUCUUUCAGUGACAGCAACAGUUUGAACGUUGUGGUUGGUCCUUACAUUCACUCCAUCAUCUGCAUCCUGGGCUUGGUGGGGAACAGCCUGGUCAUCCUCACCUAUGCCCUCUACAAGAGAACCAAAUCCAUGACUGACGUCUACCUGCUCAAUGUGGCCAUCGCUGACCUGCUGUUCGUGCUGGCUCUACCUUUCAUCGUCUACAACGAGCUGUACUCUUGGCCGAUGGGGCAGGUUGCCUGUAAGCUGCUGCGUGGUUCCUACAGCGUCAACCUGUACAGCGGCAUGCUAAUGUUAGCCUGCGUCAGCACCGACCGCUACAUCGCCAUCGUCCAGGCUCGCCGGAGCUUCAGGUUACGUUCGAUGUCAAGCAGCCACAUUGUCUGUUUCCUGAUCUGGAUCUUUGCCUUACUGGUGUCUGUUCCCACUUUCCAUUUCUACCAUUGGUACGAACCAUCACAUAAUGAGAUUACCUGGUUCAACAGUACCGAACAGGAAGAGCCAACAGAUCCACAGUACGUCUGUGAGUGGAAAUUUGAUGACAUUAACACUGCUAGCAUAGUGAAGGUUGCUGUUCCCAGCACCCAACUGGCCAUUGGCUUCUUCCUGCCGCUAUUCAUCAUGAUCUUCUGCUACACUUCAGUCAUCAUCACCCUGCAGAAAGCUAAAAACUACAAGCGACACAAAGCGAUCCGAGUGGUGAUGGUGGUGAUGCUCGUCUUCAUCGUCUGCCACUUGCCUUACAACCUGGCCCUGUUGUAUGACACCGUCAGUUAUUUCGAACAUCGUGAUUGUGACGCUGAGUCUUCACUGCGUAUGGCGAUGUCUGUGCUGCAGAUGGUCGCCUACCUGCACUGCUGCCUAAACCCGCUGCUGUACGCCUUCAUCGGAGUGAACUUCAGGAACCACUUCAUGAGGAUCUUCCAUGACCUGUGGUGUGCGGGUAAGAGGUACAUCGCCCCGCGCCACUCAUCCAGGGUCACCUCCGAUAUCUACAUGUCCACAAUUCGCCGCUCGGUUGAUGGUCCCAGCAGAACCAGCACAUCUUUUCUUACAUGAAGAUAUUUGUGUGAGAAGCUCUGAUCUUGCCAUGGAGGUCUAUAAAUGCCAAACUUGACUAACAUGAAAAUUACUUUUAUUCUUAAGCACAGUUCAGCCACAAUAUGUUAGACUGAAAAAGGAUUAAAAGAGAAAACAAAAACAAACUUCAUUAUCUGUGUUAAUUGUUGCUCAGUUUCUGCUUUUCCAUCCAAAAACACUAAUUCAGGAACCCGAGCAUAUCUGAAAACUCACCAAUUUUCACCACAUUUGUCCCUCGCAUUAAAAGUUUUUAAUGGAAUCAAAAGUGGGUGUGGUCAAACUGCUCAACGUGUAAACAGAUAAAAAUAGUACAUCCUAGGGAUUUGAAACUGGUUAUGUAGGUGGAUGCUCCAAAAAUCAAGUAAACAAAGUCUCUUAAAUAUGUCCUGAAAUCUACAGGGAGGUUGCUGUUUUGGGUCAUUUCAGCCUCUUUUCACAUUUACACAACUCAAACUUUGGAGUCUUCCUCCAAUGGUUUUGAGCUAUUGGCUUCAGCCUCUUUCAAUAUGCAGUUAAGAAAUGGGGGAUUAAAAGUUAUCAAAAUCUUGUGGUUUUGGCCAUGUCUAGGGAGAGUGGCCAAAUUGCGAACUUGGCAUGCUCACCAAAUCAAAGGAAAUGCUGUAACUUUCACAACAAUGGCUGAAUUACACCAGCCUUAAUCUGAGUCAUCCAUGUUGUAUACUGGAUGUUACUAUGUGGCUAUAUGCUGACAUCAUCACAUCCCCGCCCCUGUGUUCAUACGUCUGGCUCUAAAUGUUUCAGUCGAUCUGCUCCACAUUCGAUAUGAUCAGUCCUAAUCCUAAUAUUUAGUUUGUGUGGAAUAAUUCAUCCCCCUACAAUUUUUUUAAAAAUCAACCCCAACCCAUCCUUUGAUCAACAGCAAUGAAAUUGUAUAUAUGUGUAACUUCCACAGGAAGUUGGCCAUUUUGGAUCAAAGUCACUAUUUUAUCUCUUUUGCACACAGAUCUGAGCAAACUUCUCCCACUGCUUUUUUUUUCCUCUUCAUGAAAGCAUGCGGGCGUGGCGAAGCUUCAAAAUCUGACCAUUCGCCAUAAAACACCAAGAUGUUCUCGCGCCAACUCCCAGCUUCAUCUCACUAUGACCAGCAGUCUGUUAUGAUUGCUGGUCAUAACAGACCAGCAAUCAUCACAUUCACAUAGUCAGAUGGUGACAUCACUUUAGCCCCGCCCCCUUCCAAAAGGAAGUCGCUUAUUUUACCAAACUGGGCCUGGCAGAUUGGCAAAUUCCAAUCCUUCGCCGUUUGCAUCCAGUUGGCUCUAAAUCAACACGCAUUGUCCGAUUUGCACCAAACUGGAUAUGUAAGACCUUGAUGAUAUUUAUGACAUCACCUAAGCCCCGCCCACUCAAUGAACAAACUGGUGACAUGAAGCCUAGGCGCAAAUUCAAACUCGAAGCCUCUUUUAGCCCCACCUACAUCAUCCAACCGAAGCUUCCGGCUCAUCACUGUUGAUUGAUCAGCGCCGGUCCAAGACUCGUCAUGUCCAAUCACCGUCCAAGCUCUAGCUGAUAAGGACCACCAUCCAUGGCAUCCUGCGCUUUCCAGCAGAGCUCAACCCACCUCCACCCCUUCACCUCCACUCGCUCGGCUAUCCGGCCGCAUCCUUCAUGGCCUCCACCACCAGUGCCGGGUCCCGGGGGAUGACAUUCCUAACAGCAUAUGGAAUGCUCAUCCGAGCCCAUCGCAAGUUUGCGAUAAUCAAAGUCCUCAGCUGGGGCCCGAGCGCCAAAGAUUUAAAUCAUGCUGCUAAUAAACUUUUCUAAUUGCUUCCCUUUUCUCCGUCUGAGUCUCUCCAGAUUGAAUUCUCCAGUAUGUCCCAGUGUGUGACAGGAGAUUGAAAGGGUAUCCUACGGUGGCCGACAGGUGCA